GGCACCCACGGUACGUACGUUGUCGGACUGGUGUCCCCGGCGAACGAAAAUCAAUAUUUCCGUCGCGUUGUGAGGAAGAGAGAGCACAAGCGAACGGUCGCCAUUACCGUAUACUAUAUAUUCGCGCGCACGUCUCUCUGACGUCGAGUCUCGUCCUUUUCGGCGUCACGACGAGCGAGGACGACAACGCGCAACCGCUUCCGCUCCGUGGCUCAUCGUCACCGGUCAGUCGCGCCGCGUCGCGACUCGUAUACGUGAAUUUCGUUGGACACGCGCACGUUGUGCAGCCACAGGGAGAGAACCAAUAGCAGCGACCACACCGCUUCGAGGAUCUCAUCUGCCUCUGUCACAUUUGAGAUAUCCGAUUCGAUCGCGGUAGGUUCGAUUAUCGUCGCCCUCGCUCUCUUUCCUAAUCCUGCCAUCCUCUCUUUCUCAGUGCCCGUCUCAUUCACGGCCGGUUUCGUCCGUCAAUCUGAAGGAAAGCUGAAGCAGCCUCGGUGAGAAGUCAGUCGCAAGCGCGGAUAUCCCGUUCCGGUAGCGCGGAAACCGCGUCGUCGACGGUCUCUCUCGUGUUCGCUAAUUCGCUCUCCUCCCAUUCCUUUCCUCUUCCUUUUUCUCAUUCCUUCUCCUCCUCCUUCUCUUCCUCCUCCUUCGCAUUCUCGCCAAAACGAUGGCGUUUCUGAGGAGCGUUUCGCGCCGAUGUUGCGCCGGCAAGAAGUUGAGCAAAUGCGGCGUGCCGCCGUUGCCCGUGGUUGGCCUCCUAGAGGCGGCGUCGGCGGCGAUGAUGACGAGGACAUCGUCGUUGCGGCUGGUUACACAGGUGCGCGAUGAUACGCGCGGCUACGCAACCUCCGCCGCCGACGAUGACGUCAAGAAGCAGCCGGUGCCUCGGCAAAUCGAUCCUCUCGAUUUGAAGUUUAACGACCCGAUCGCCUCAUUCAAGAGCAAGACCACCAUGGAGCUGGUGCGCGCCUAUGUUGUCUAUCAGAUGUGCUCUAUCGACUACAUCGUAGAGAAUAAUAUGAAGGUCAUGAAAUGGACGAAAUCGGUAUUAGGUGAAAGGCUAUUCACAAAGCUUAUGAAGGCAACAUUUUAUGGACACUUUGUCGCCGGGGAAGAUGAGGUGCAGAUCACACCAGUUUUGGAGAGAUUGCGGCAAUUUGGCGUGAAACCGAUUCUUGAUUAUUCCGUCGAAGAAGAUAUCUCACAGGAGGAGGCUGAGCGGCGCGAGAUUCAAGCCUCAGUAUCAGAAGCGGGUGACGAAAAGAGGGAAGGCCCGCUGAAAAAGUAUCACGUGGAGAAGUCGUUCGCCGAUCGGCGUUACAAGGUGUCGUCGGCUAGGACGUAUUUCUACCUGAACGAAGCGUCCUGUGAGCGAAAUAUGGACAUAUUUAUCAGGUGUCUGGAGGCUGUGGCGAGUGCUUCGAUGGGCAUGGGCAUCACAGCCGUCAAAUUAACCGCGCUUGGUCGACCGCAGCUUCUGCUUCAAUUGUCAGAGGUAAUCAUGCGCGCACGGCAGUACAUGUCCGACGUUAUUGGUGGCGAGGGUGCCAUUCUGGCUCAUCACGUGAAACCUGAUGACUUUAGGAAAAAAUUCGAGGAAGCACACAUCACAGAUGAGGAAUCGGUGCAAAAGUUCCUUCAGAAAAUGCAAUCGGAUAAAGAAGGUGUAAUUCAUCUCUUCCCAUGGAGCGGUAUUUUAGACGAAAAUUAUGAACUAAGCGAAACUUUCCAAGUACCUGAUAUUAAGACGGGCAAAAUGGUCAGAUUAAUGACGCAGCUUACGCCUAAAGAGGAGGAAAUGUUUAGGAAUAUGAUUAGACGAUUAAAUAAUAUCGUCACGGUGGCUGAUAGUCUAGACGUUCGUAUCAUGAUAGAUGCGGAACAGACGUAUUUCCAACCAGCCAUUUCUCGCCUGACACUAGAGAUGAUGCGCAAGUACAAUACGAAAAAGGCUGUGGUAUUCAAUACCUACCAGACGUAUCUGCAAGAAGCAUAUAACGAGGUGAAAACGGAUCUCGAACAAGCGGAACGUCAAAACUUUUAUUUUGGUGCUAAACUCGUACGCGGCGCGUAUAUUGAACAGGAAAGGGCGAGAGCGGCAGCUAUGGGUUAUCCAGAUCCCACGAAUCCCACAUUUGAGGCAACGACCGAGUGCUAUCAUAAAACGCUCAUGGAGUGCUUGAGGCGAAUGAAACAGUAUAAGGACAAGGGAGUCGAUCCUAAGAAAAUAGGAAUUAUGGUCGCCUCGCAUAACGAGGAUACUGUGCGUUUCGCGAUCGAGAAAAUGAAAGAAAUCGGAAUUUCACCCGAGGAUAAAGUUAUAUGUUUCGGCCAAUUAUUAGGAAUGUGCGAUUACAUAACAUUUCCAUUAGGUCAAUCCGGUUAUUCUGCGUACAAGUAUAUCCCGUACGGACCGGUUAAGGAAGUGUUGCCGUAUUUGUCGCGGCGCGCGCAAGAGAACCGAGGUAUACUGAAGAAGAUCAAGAAGGAGAAACGCUUGCUACUAAAUGAAAUCACAAGACGUUUAGUGCGCGGCAAGAUCUUUUAUAAACCCAAGGGCAAUUAUACUCCAGUUUGAACAGUUGAUUCGUUUAGUUGCACAGAGACAGGAUUUUAAGUAUCAAAUUUAAGUAGUGAUUAUAAAUUAUUGAGAACUCUCCCAAAUGAUAUGGGCAGGAAAUUUGGAACUGAAGUAACUGAUUAAAGUAACUUGACGAACCUGUUGCUGUGGUAUUCGAAAGAAAGAGCGGCAUGCGUGCACACACGCGAAUGUGAGUAUGUGAAAACUUACGGUUAUACGCCCAGUGUUAUCCAUUACAAAAAAAUUGCCUUGGUGUUAUAUUUUCGAAUGCAUCGAUGCUCAAUGCUGCUGGUAAAACUAUAGUAUUAUAACUAUAGUAUUCGUUGUUCGUUUUACUCGUUAUGGUCAAAGAAAAUGAUUGUGCUACAAUUAGUUUCCACUCAUCAGAGAAUGCGUUUUCACAAAGAUCGGGUAAAGAGAAUCGAAACUUAAUUGAUUCUUUCCACACUGAAAAUUAACGAAGAUAGUUUCUUUAAUACGUAGUUUGUGAUAUUUUCUGUAUGCAAUAUUAAGAAUCGAUUGAAUCGAUCAGCAGCUUGUUCGAUGCGUAACAUCGACGGUCAAAAGAAAAUAGACUCUGAUUUUUUAGCACAUUUGUUUCAAGUUUUACAAUUUCUUUGAGAAUCUCGUCAAAUAUUUUUCAUAUGUACAUAAUACACGCGCGCAUCAAUUAUUUAUGAUCGUCUUCACGUAAUUGUCCUAUCGUCCAUAGUAUCUGUAACAGAGUAAAAAGGAUGAAAAAAAGGAUCAAGCACAUCGCUCAUGAGUAUCCGAAUGACAACACCUGCGACCAUUACCAUCUUGACGAUUGUUGCUUACGGUGAACGUAUUUAAAACGUAUUUAAAUCGCGAUGCAUAUAGUUACCAGAAAGGAUAGUGGCUGCAUCGCACGCAUUUCCAUUAGGAUGUAACGUUACCGACGAGUCUUUUAGUACGCGGUGUAUGGAACAAUAGAGGAAUUGGGAAAAAAAUAAAUAACAUACGUAUUACGAAAAGAUGAUUCUUAAAAAUGCGACAAAAUAACAGGGUGAAAAUUUAAUGAGAUUUAGAGGUAUCUUAGCGAGAGAUAUGUGGAUUUCCAAAUGCUUUUGGUAAUACAAAAAAGAAGAGAAAGAAAGUGUUUUUAGCAUGCGCGUUUAGUACACACUUGUCGUACGAAAGUAAUCUUGGGCUGACAUUGGCGAUAAUGAAAGUCAGGGAAAUCUAACAUGAUUUUUUUUGUGAUACGUUAAUAAUUGUAAAUAAGUCAGUAAGUAAAAUUGCUUCCCGCGUUACUAAAUAAUAAAUCCGAAAAAAAGCGUACGGUGCUGUCGAAGAAUAUUACAAGUAAUUGCAGUAAUAUCGAUAAAAUAUAUAUGACCCACUUCGUCAUUCUCAUUUUUUUCUAAAGAAAAAGGUAAGAGAAGAUUGAUUUAUAAUUCAGAAAUAAUGAAUUUAUGCCGCGAUUUGAAUUAAAAUUUUUAAGUACUAACGAAUCCUUUUUAUCCGUUAUAAAAAAAUUUAUAUUCUGAAAAAAAAAUUUAUUGUGAGAAUAGGUAAUGAUCAAUGGAAAGGAAAAUCAUCCGAUCGGAGAUAUAGAUAUAAAAUUUAAUAUUGCUCUAAUUGAUACAAGGGUAUAAUUCGCGAACUCUGGAAAUAACGAUCAUACGUAAUAUCAACAUCAGUUACAAUACUUUAGCCUUUAGCCUAUAAUAUUGUACAAACAUUUCCACGGAGGUUGCAUAGCGCAUUCUGAUAUUCUCAGGCCAGUGUUUCUCUGAUGCUCGCGAUAGAUGACUUGAUAGUGUAUUUGAAGUCGAUGAGUACUAUUUUAUUAUUAUUUUUCUUAAUUAUCGCACUCACGUGAAUUGUCAUGAUACUCAGCACAUUAUUUCGUUUGUCGAGCGAUUUGUACGUGAAUAUGGAUUUAUGAUCUCUUAUUUUGUUCUUUUUGCUAUCUAUGUUAAAAGUGAAGAAGCGAAAGCGUUUAUGUUCAGAAUGUUAUAUAUGUAGCCUACAUUUAUAUACGAUUAUAAUAAUUCAAGUGAAAUAUAUUAUGUAGGGUAUUUACUCGCUUCGUAGAAACGCACUGCGUGCGCGAUGUUGAUCGAAGAAGAGCAAAAACAAGAGUUACAAAGCGGGUCUAAAAAAAUCCUUCUGCAAAUCAUGUGUUACGUGCAAAUAUUAGAAAAAAAGAAACAUGAAUGAUGAAAAAAAUAAAUAAAUAAAGAGGCAUUGUUACAAGUUAUACACGGGCUAAUAGCUAGUAUCUCCAUGUGUCUAUGUGGUGUAUAUACUUAUAUGCAUGCAUGCAUAUAAGUCUGCGUGUAUGUGUGUGUGCGAGCGGGCGUGUGUAGUUCUAGACAUUAUAUAUUGAUAAAAUCCGUUGAGCUCUAAGGCCUUCUUUAGGGCCGGCUAACUCGUACCCUAUCGUGCUCUCGCAAACGCGAACUUCUACAUGUGAUCGCGAUGUAAGACGUAAGAUAUAUUGACAAUAAUUUAGGUAGACAAUGUUGACAUAUGUGUGUGUGUGUGUGUGUAUGUAUGUGUGUGUGUAUAUAUAUAUAUAUAUAUAUAUAUAUAUAUAUAUAUAUAUAUACAUAUAUACACAUAUAUAUAGACGUAUAUAAAAGAUACACGAGUCCUGUUACUUGCAUUUAUGUCGCUUAGCAAAAAUUCGAAGAAAGUAAAGCGCGAUACUGAUGAUAAUGAUGAUGAAUGCGUUUACCAAAAACGGCGAAGAAUUGUUGCGAGACUUCUGCUCUCACGAGCAUUCGCUGUUUUACUGCCAGAGCGUUCAAGUGGCGACGAAAUUCUUCACUAUCAUUUUCAAUCGAAUUUUUUUAGUAGUUUUAUGCUAAGAGUUGUGUGCGAUUGUGCAGCCGAUUUCACCGAUCUUGUCUUUCUUCGUUUUAUUCCUCGACGAUCCAUUUAUGUGCAAUUCUCUUUUUAUUUAUCGACACUCGUUAGCGAUGAUCAGUAAUCGAUUUCUAGAUUAUUAAUCGAUUUCCUCCAACGAAUCCUUAGAAAUUCAUAUGUCGUUAGUUAAUUAACGAUUAUUAUAUCGUUAUAUGAUAUUAAUUAUAUUCCUUAACAAACCCUUGAGGAAGAUCGGAAAAUCUGCCACAAAUCUCGAGGUCCACACAAUUAACUGUUGAUAUUAUUAUUUUGAAGUACAAAAACAAAUGAAUAUCAACGAUCUCUACGAUGAAAGUAAUUCCAAGUAUUAAAUAUAAAGAAAAAAGAAAAAAAA